AGAGACGGACGAGGAAAGGACGACUCCACGUCACUGAGGUGUCAUAUUGGCGUCAGUGCCACACAAGGUGCUACCUCCGUGCGCUAUUCCACAUAUUUUCAUUCAUGUAGGUUGUAAUAACUCGUAUGAGCACAAAGCGAAGGUAUAUUCAUCUGUUUCUGCUCCGAGGGGCCUCGGUGGAGACUCCGGGAUUCCUCUGAAGAGUGGCCCACUGCAUCAGCUUUUAAAUGGGUGAAUCAGGCUCACGGCGAUCCACGCUUGUUUCCCGCCUGCCAAUCUUCCGCCGCAGCAGCAGUAAGAGGCAGGAGUCCCUUCCCUCCUCUCCAUCUUCAGGCGGAGUGGGAAAUGGUGUCCAUACUUCCUCACCUUCCAGCACCAACUCCAGCUCUGGCAGCACUGGGAAACGGCGGAGCCUGUUCCGCACGCCGUCUCUCAGUUUCGCAUCUAAGCGGAACAGCGAUCCACGUGUCCAACCUAUCAACCUCAACCUCACACCGCCGCUGACACAAGGCACUGAUGCGAACGGAAAUAAUCAGCAGACAAUAACAACGUCAGUGUCAACAGGGUUCAGUGAUGGUGGUGGACGGCCCAAGUCACGCCACUCAUUUGGAUUUGGCAGCCACAGGCAAAAGAAAAUCACGCGCUCUCAGACUGAGGACUUUGACAAGGCUUCAUCGUCCUCCUCUACGACCAAUCGAAAUGUGUUCAUCAACUGCAUCAGCAGCUCGGGUACCAAUGAGGGCGAUGACUCCGGGAUUCUUGACGACUACAGUGGCAGCAGUAAUAACACCAAACGGUCAUCACGCCAGAAGAAACAACUGCUGCCCAAGUCUUUCUCGGCUCACCAACGCUUCUCCCGGACAUCUGAUCAUCACAGACCACCUGAAGUGAAUCUGGAGCCUCCCAGCACCGCCACUACCAUCACUCCAGGGGCAGGAGGGCUCACUCCAGGAUCCUGGCCUGGCGAACUUGGUGCUGGUGGUGAGAGCUCACUCCAGUCCCCUAUGAUAUCAGAGGAUCGAACCACAGCAAUCACUCCUUCGGAGUUCAUUCCGAUCACUGAAGACUCUGUAUCUGAAGUAGAUGCUCUGCCAGCUCCCAGCCCCGGAUCGGGUUUAGGCCCAGAGCCAGCCUCUCUGCCAGAGGUGGAUACAGAAACUGCUCCACCUGACCAUCCACCUGUUCCAGAGAACUUCAGCGUGGCUGUCUCUACCUCCCAGGUUUUCUUCACUCCUGCCCAGUCGAGCACUGAAAAACCCUUACUCCCGGACACCAGCACAGCCAACAACACAGACUAUGAAACUGCCAUUUCCCUCUCAGAGCCAGAGACAGCUGUGCCCUGCCUACCUCUGCAGGAACAAUCACUGGAGGAGAGGAAGGAGAGGGAGGAGGAAAGGAAGGAAGCGAGGAAAGAGUUGUCAGCGGAGAAGAGGGAGGAGUUAGACCAUGAUAGGAAGACAGGUUACCACACAGAGACCACAAGUGAGAGUGAGGUGUGUGUUGUACGCAGUGAGGGCUGUCACUCUAACCCUGAGCAGUCAGAAAGGAGGGCUAGAAACACACGCUCUUUUCAAGAAAGAGGAAGCUUCUGUGGCUGCCAUGAACCCAGACCCUCUCACUUAAGGAAACCGCAUGCAGCUUCUCUGUGUAGCGGCGCCAGCCCCUACCAUGAGGUGAUGCGGAUGGAAAGGCGUCUGCGCUCCUCGUCCGAGGGGGCUGGUGGUCCUCGUAUCCAUGGAAACCACAGAGAAGCCCCGGGCAUGGAGGGAUGUGGUCUGCUCAAACACAGAAACAACUCUUCAUCAUCUAAACUUGGAAGUCUGGAUGUUCUAAACAAUCUGGGUUCCUCAGAACUGGAUGAAGAUGACCUUAUGUUAGACCUGGAUCUCUCCGAUGAUCAGCGACAUCGACAUGUGUCCAGAGAAGACUCCAGCCAGUCUCUAGCUUCCUGUCUCAACCUGCUCCCCUCACCUUUGGACCCAUCUGGAGAUCGCAUUGUAGGGAAAGAAAAUAUUCAGAGGGAACCCUGCCGUCCAACCAGCCUGCUGCCAGCUGAGUGGAGCUUGGGGCUGGGUUUGGGGAAGGAAGAUGACCCCUUACCUCUGGGACUGGAGACACUUCCACUAAGACUUAUGCAGCAGGAGUGCACUGCUGUCAAAACCCUACUUUUAAGGCUGAGACGGACACUGCAGGAGAGCGCGGAGACAAGUCCUGCCAGCAGCCUCCAGUCUCUACCCAUCAGCCCUUGCAGUGAAAAAUCCCUUCCAUUUAAGGAUCCCAGCAGAGAGGAGGCUUUGCUGCAGCAAUUGAGAGAGAAAGAUGAGCUAAUUAUCAAACUCCAGAGUGAACUGGAGAGUGCCAAAGCUGCCCUGACGAUGAAAGACUGCCAAAUGACUGACCGCACAACACAGACUGAACACAUGGGGCCAGAGACCAAUCAUCCAGGCCGGUGGUCAGGACUCGGCAGCAGCAGCAGUCUGGCCCCAAGGGACCGAAGGGUGGCACGGGGUGCACUCGGAGGGGACCUCUCUAACCAGCACUUCCCUCAACACUAUCCACCUCUACAUACCCGGCCUUCUGCUUCUGAGUGGUACGCUGCCAGGGAGGAGCGCCACUACCAGGGGGUCUUGGCACAGUCUGCGGCCCGUAACCCUGUUCUAAACCUGGCUCCAGGCUCCUCCAACCUGUCCUCUGCCACUUCUGCAGCAUCAGCCCAAAACACACCAGCCCAGCUUCAAGUUUCACACCCGGGCCUUAGUCCAAAUCAAUGCCCAGUCUCCAGUUUGGUGGCUGGUAAUCACUCUCCAGUUACAUCACUGUCCUCCAAGCUACCAGAGGGGGUGUCCUCUUCUUCCGCAGAGUCUUUAACUCCAGGAGGAGGAGGAGGCGGGGCCGGUCUGUCAGGUGGGGUAAGGAGAGGAGGAGGAGGAGGAGGAGGAGCUCACCAUCCCCCCAGCCAGAUCCCGCGUGCAGUGGGGACCAGUGCUUCUUCGAGUCUCCACAGUCUUGCGAGUAGAGGAAGCCCCUCGCCUAGCAUCUCAUCAUCCGACCAAGUCUCCCCUCCACCUCCUACUCCUUCCUCCACCUCCUCUUCUUCCUCCUCAUCCUCCACGUUUACCGGCCGUUUGGGACAACCACCUCGAGGCCCGCUGUCUCUGCAUAGCUACAGUCGUAAAAAUGUCUUCCUCCAACAUUCCCUACAUACUGCCGAACUGCAAGCUCUGACACAGAGAGACAGUUGAGAGCACACAAACAGUUACACCAUUCCACCUAUAAGCAGCCAUAUCAUCAACUUAAGUGACAACACAGUGACUUAAAAGCAAAACUGCUGCUCCUUCAGUAAAAGUUGUCCAUGUUUCACUGCCUCAGUCUCACUCUGAAUCAUGAACCAUGCGCGCUUACAAUCACAUUUGUCUCUCUUUGCAAUCCAGACCAGCCCUUUGCUGACAUUUUGUUCACAUAUUUGCUCAGAUAAACACACACUCAGAUACGAGUGCACACACACACACACACACGCACACACACACACACACACACACACACACACACACACACACAUCUAGCUGUGAGUAUGAAAAAGGCACUCACCCGUCUGUCAGACCUCCCACGUUGUGUCAUGCUGACAGUUUAGAUGUGCUUACGCCCACAGACACACAAAGUGCACACAAACUCACAACCUCGGAUCCAUGCACACGUACACAAAUCUUGCCAUGCACACAUUAAAAUACACACUCCGACACAGAGACAUCAUCUGUGAUAUCUCUGCUUCACUAUCUGCACAAAUAACAGGGUGGUGAAACUGAAUAGCGAUGAGAUGUGUGCAUUGUUAAAAUUGUAUUUUUUAUCCAUUUAUUUGACAGGUUUUUUUUUUCCAUGGUGAAAACCAACUGCUGCUUAAGGAGCUAUGGGACUUACCAUAGCUUACCAUAAAUUGCGCUUCUAAGGAUGUAUUGUCAUAUUGCCAAAUCCUGCAUCAGAUCAGAUCCUCAUUGCUUGAUGUCCACUUAAGGUCCAGAUUAUGAAACAUGUUUAGAUGAACAGAUACGAUCCUUUUACUGCAUGCUUUCUAAGAUUUAUGAAACAAUACAGGUGAGCAUUUUGUACUGCAACAAAACCAGGAUUGGGGUGACUUUUUAAAGUCUUUUCAUAACAGUGUCUUGGUGUCAAGUUAAUCUCAGUGUUAAUCUCAAGAAAAUAAUCAAACAUGUCUCUAAGAGCCUGUUUGCAUAUAAAGAAAUGCUCCCCCCCUCCUGCUCACAUCAUUUUUUUUUAAUACAAAUACUAUGCUGCAAUAUUACCAGCAUUAUAUUAUACAUUAUAUUCUAAGAAUCAACGUGUACCUGCAAUGUUAAAUUAGUAAAGUGUGAAAGUUGAAAUGAAGAGUUUCAUUCAAAAAUUAGGUACCUGCUAUAUGAGCAAUCUGACACCUACAAAGUUAACUAAAGUUGACUAAAUCACAGCAAGGCCUUUGAAGAGAGUGCAAUUUCUUAUUUUGGCACAACCAGUUUUAUGCAUUUCUUCACAUAAUGAGGGGGGAAAAAAAAGGUGUCAGGGUUUGGAAUGAAGCCCUUCAAGUCUCCUUCUGGGCUGAGUAUUAAAGUUACUGGCGCUUUGCUACUUGGCGAGAUAUAUGUCCAUUUUGGGGAUUCAGAAGGAAGAACUGUUUCCAAAAAUGGCAUUACAGCUGGCAUUACUGAUGGAAUCAAUCGGUCUGAUUGUUUUUAGAGAAGCAACCUACAGAACAGAUAUGGUGCAGAAACAUAUCUGCCUACUUGAUCGAGUAAAGAAAGGAAAGGAACAGAAAUCAGUUUUACAAACUAUCCCAUUUGUAAGAAGCAUGAACACUGAGUUUUUCUGUGAUACCCAGACCUCAUAUGUUAGCCUACUUUGAUGUUCCUGAUCUCAGUUCUGUUGGCUACAUUUUAAAGAACUGACCUAAUGAGAUGGCAUUUGGUAUUAUAGCAGUUAUGCUGUCUUAAACAGUGGGACACACACAUUUUGUUUGAAAUUGACAUUAACUAGAACCUCCUUGACCUGCUGAGUCAUGCAUUAUUCACAGUUUGGGGAAAAGACAUGUAACUUUUAAUAAGUGAGGAAACUUUUUGCAACUAGACUGCAUAACAACCUGAUCAAUCUGCCACUGGUGAAUAUAUUUGCUCUGCUGGCAAGACUAUCAAACAAACCUGCCUGUCCUGACAGGUUUAGAGUACACAAAUAUUCUAAUGUUAACCAGGCGGUGGGAACCUGCACCUCUGCCGAGAGGAGACGAGUAGUACAGAGCUCUCAGCGUCUACAGACUGUGUGAGAUUUCAGAGAAGUUAUCAUUGUCUGUUGUUUCCAGCACCUGGCUGUAGGGUAGUUGUUUAAAUCAUGUGUGUGCGUGUGUGUGUGUACUGUACACCUCAUGAGUCCAAGGGCCUAGUAGAGGUGAAGAAAAGCCUGAAGGAUGGCAGCUCUGCUCCCAGCUAUGGAAGCUACAACUCAUCUUCCAGUCUGUUUUUUUUUUCUUUUUUCAACCUUCUACAUAUUUUAUUUUGUCAUAUAGCGCUCUUCUUAUGCUCCCUCUGUCUCUCUUUAGUGUGUGAUCUGCAGCUGCUUUUAGUUCUCUAUUCCUUUCAUCCUUUUGUGUUUUCUCCUUGCCCCUCUGUCACACCCCUGGUCUCUCCACUCUAGUGCUCUCCACUUAACCAGACUCUGUUACAGUGGCUUUCGGUCCUGAGCAUUGGGACCUGCAGUGCUGCUGAUUUUUAUUCCAGUUUUCUAGUUGGGGAGUAAUUUUACACAUGGCAAAUGCAAUUAACUACCUGGUAGGACAGACAGUCGGCGGUAAUAUGGCUCCUGAGAACUUAGACGGAAAACCGUCAGUUGUAAAGUGAUCUAAGCACUCCCUGCUCAGUUUAUUUACAGGUUGGAGGGGAACAAUGUUUUGUCGCUGGCUGACCUCUUAAGAAAUUCUCUUUACAUCCCUCAUCUAUGCAUGCGUCAUAAUUUAGUCGGCAGCAUGCAAAACGUCUUAAGAGAGUGUUUAACCCUGUUUGCACUGCCCACUCAGAUGUUAUUUUUUUUUUCCAGUGUUCAUAAACAGCUGUGCUCAUUUGAGCUGCAUUUAAAUUUAAAUCUUGCCACAGACGUAGGCUGCUGUUUAUGUCACUUGCCAUGAUGGGACGACCUUAAAACUAAGAUGGCAGUUGAAACGUGGCAUAGGCUGGUCUUGUAGAAAGACGUUUUUUCCCUUUCAAAUUAAAAGAAUAAACUGUUGUUAGGAACCCAGAGUCUGCAAAAGCGGUACCUCCUCAAACCUCAGCUCUUUCUUCUUACUUAGCAGCAUGUUGUGGAUUUAAGACACUACAUACAUGUGUUGUGGAGUAAUUGAUCGUUUUUGCCUUAUUUAUGUUUAUUGCCAUAGGAGCAGUUUCAUAAGAAGUGUCUUGGCACUAAUAAAUAAAGACAAUAGUCAAGAUAAUAAUCACAACAGACACAACAGUAAUAACAAAAAUGUCCUUGUUAGACUUUUAUUGAAUUAAAGAUUUUAUGCUGUACUAGUUCUUUAAUGCGCUUGUAUUUAAAUCAUGUUUUUUUUAAAUUAAUAAUUGUACAUACAUUAGGGAAAUGCUACGAACAGUUUGUGUUCUGAUAUGAUGACAGUUGAUAAUAGGGAUCAAAUAUGUUGUUUGCUGGCACAGAGGAGAAUAAAACAUAACAAAACCUAGAUUUUUUUUAAAACAUUAACAAGCAGUAAUAAAUACAAUGAAGUAAUAAAUACAAUAAAUUACAAUCUGUGGUCUGAACUAUUAGUUACAUACCAGAAAACAAAUAAAAUGUAAUAAAUGUGAAGGUUUGUCUUUCCCUGCUCCGGCCUUUUGCUAGAGAAAGUGGAUGAUGAUGAUGAUGAUGAUGAUGAUCUAUUAAAGCUGCUUUUUUUUGCUGUUCAGGUUGACAUGUAUGUCUUAAGUGUACAGAACUCUUGGGUAGAUUCAUGCAGUGAACCCCUGACCAGUUAGUCCGCCAAUUUAUUAGAAAUAAUCCACCCACACAGAUGUGGAGGAAGAAAAAGAAAACUCUUCAGAGUUUAUUUGAUCCUUCUUUAAAGUUUGGAAUUUUUAUCUCUUUGACGAGAACUUCUUUUAAAGGACUAAUCAGCGGUCAGUAUGCUUUGCUGUACAUGUUUACCCAAAGUAUUUUUCUUCACUUUCAGUCCAGGUUUUCGUCACCCUUACAUUUGUUUGUUCAUAUGAGAACUAUUUUUUGUCCACUGUGUCCUUAUUGUUAAUAUUUAAUAGAAAUAAAAUUGCUGGAAAAAAA